AACACCCUUCCCUUCCCCAACUUCAACUCGGUCGUUUGAUUCUUUGUCUUCAUUUGGGUUUCUUUUUGUCUCCCAAGUUUUUAUCCUUUUUUCUCUGAAUUUCCAAAUUUUCGUAUUUAUUUACCUUAUUUUCAAUUUUUCCCAAUAAUCUACUUUUAGGAAGCUUCAAAAGAUAUUUUCCUUCUAAAAAAGAAAGCAUCUUCAAUCUUUAUCUGGGUAGUCUUCUUAUUUGCUUUCAUUCCGCUCUUCUUUUCUCUUCUUUCUUAUUCUUAUUAUGUCCUUUCUCUUGGGUUUUCAUUGAAUUUCUCAUUUAUGGGUUGUUUUGUUUCUUCAUUUGAUGAUAAAAUUUGUAAUACAAUGUGAUUUGAUGAUUAAGGAUAUCCUUCUUUUGUCAGGAAUAUUUCAUCUUGUAUUGUUGGGAGAUCAAAGAUUGACAUAUUUAAUAUCAUUAGAAAUGUUAUUGUAUGUGUUUGAAUUAUGUAGAUCAAUUUCUUAUCGGAGUUUGAAAUACAUGUUUGAGGGAUUAUUUUAGGAAAUCAUGUUGUCAAAAUAGUGAUCCAUUAAGUAUUUUUCUCCCAAUUUAUGUGAAUAAAGUCUUAUGCAAUUGAGCUUGUUUCAACGGUUUUCAGGAUGGGAAGGGUUAAGCUAAAGAUCAAGAGGCUAGAGAAUACAAAUAGUCGCCAAGCAACUUAUGGAAAGCGAAAGCACGGUAUAUUGAAGAAGGCUAAUGAGUUGUCAAUAUUAUGCGAUAUACCCAUUAUCCUUCUUAUGUUCUCACCAACUGGAAAGCCUUCAUUGUGCAAAGGAAAACGCAGCAUGGAAGAAGUCAUGACAAAAUUUGCUCAGCUUUCACCUCAAGAAAGGACAAAAAGGAAGUUGGAAAGUCUCGAAGCUUUGAAAAAGACAUUUAAGAAGUUGGACCAUGAUGUCAACAUACCAGAAUUUUUUGGGUCAAGUUCACAAACAAUAGAGGAACUUACAAACCAAUCAAAUCUAUUGCAUAAACAACUUUUAGAAAUGCAGAAGAGAUUGAGGUAUUGGACUAAUCCUGAUGAGAUCGACAACAUUGAAUUAUUAGGCCAGUUCGAGAAUUCCGUACAAGAGUCGCUUAGUCGAAUUCGAACACAUAAGGAAAAUGUAAGACAACAACAAAUGGAACCUCUAGAGUGCAACAAUCAGUAUCAAAAUGGAAUUCAAGUACCUUUUGGAAUGAAGGUUGAGCAGCAAUUCCCACAUUUACAAUGGCUUUCCAACUCUGACAACCAACAUAUCGUGUUGCCAGAUGAUCCAAAUCUACUAGCCCAUAGGGAUGUUGAAUGCUCUGCAAGUUCAUCGUAUGGGAGUUAUUCGGGAUACUUCAGCUUAGGAAAAAAUUCUGAUCUUUCCAAUUCUGGACAAGAAAGUGGUGUGAGCGGUAUUCUGAAUGAGUUAAAUUGCAAUGCAUCUUUGAGGCUGCAAUUGACUGGGAACUACCCCUACAUUCCGUACAAUCUUAAUUUGCUUAAUGAUGGAAAGUUCCAGUCCGCAACAACAGAUAUUAGCCUGCAAGAAAUGCCUGUGGACUUCCACGUUAAUGGAAACUUUGAAGCACCCAAACCCACUUAUUGCAACACUCCUGGCAGUUGGACUUCCACAUCUGGACCCUGUGCUGUUACCAUGUUUGAUGAGCAAUUGUAUUCCCAGCAACCAAAUUGAUUUUUUAGAAUCAACAAGUGAUUGAAGUUUCUCCAUGAGCUAGCUUGGUUGUAGAUCAUCCAGAGAAAUAACACAAUCAAAUAUCAGGAUCCUCUGCUGGAAUUUGGUAAAAAGACAUUUAUGUUUAAUCUUUGCAUCAAAAAGAUCCACAAACAAGAAGAAAUGAGGUGUACACAUAAUAAUACACAAUGUAAUGCCCUAAAGUGGAUGAUCAUCGGUUCCUGGAAAGAUAAAUGGUUACCGAUCGAAAUUAAAGGUCCUCGCUCUUGCGCCUAGAUAGUUAUUUGAAUCAUCUUUCAUUUGGUCUUCUGUAUAUAUACCACAUUGCAUAACAUUGGAUUUGUUUUCCCACUUAUCAUUUCCGAUUUCCAUUUGAAGUUUAAUUUUGUUUCUCCUAGAGACAUGAUCACCAAAUAGCAGUCAAACUAAUAUUAUCUUCUUGUCCUUCCCACAAAGAAUGUCUUGAUCAGUUCUAAACUAGAAAACAAUCUAUUUAUCUCCUAUCAUAUCCCUACAUAUAAAAAAUACAUAUCAAAAUAUUUGUAACCUAGAAAUCAAAUCUUAUGAAAGCAUUUCUUUUCUUGUACUUGUUAAUAAUAUGUUUAUUUUUAA